CAGAGAGAGACAGAGAGACAGGCAGACUUUGUCCAGGAGCUGCAGCUGCUGGUUCAGGGUCUCAGGGAGCCGUUUUCCAGCUUCUCUGCUGUCACUUCUCCUUCUUCUGCGGUAAAACUUGAAGCUGCACCUCUGAAAACAUCCGAUUUUGGAUUUGAAGUGGGGAUCUUCCCAUUCCUCAAUUUUGAGGAUUAAAUAUUUUCACAUAUUCAACGCUUGUCCAAUAAAUCUAUUGGCAGAUUAUUUUAGUUAAUACUUUUUUCUUUUAAACCCUCUACAGUGAUUUGAAACACAAUUUUCCCUUUGCCAACUUUGUUUGGGGUUUCUCAGUGUCUGCCUCGACAUUGUUUUUUUUUUUUUAGUUUUUAUUUUAUUUUAUUGUCUGGAUGCCCCAGGAUUAUCUUCAGUCUGCAGUUCCUCGUCCGGCCUGCAGGGUGGAAGCGCAGCCCAACGGCCGGCUGCAGGACAGGCAGAGCAUUACUAUGAGUGACUUCUGGCACAAGAUGGGCUGCUGCGUGGUCGCUAAACCCCCACCGAAGAAGAAGAGGAGGAAGAUUGAUCGCAGCAUGAUCGGAGAGCCGACGAACUUCAUUCACCUCACGCACAUCGGCUCUGGAGAGAUGGCGGAGGGCCUGCAGCCGUCGGGGCCGGUUCAGGAGCAGAUGAGGUCUAAAGGCCCGAACACAAACGUCAGAAACAGCCUUUUAUAGCCGGAGUGCAUUAAAGCUAAACCGACCAGCUGACUGACCUCCUCCUCAUCCUGAACACCUGAGCCUCUCCUCCGCACCAACCGAAGAGGAGUUUGGACGCGUCUACUGUGCUCUUCCCCCCCCGCCCCCCCUUUUGACCCUCAGAACCUUAAAAAUUAACCAAAGGGGCCAAAGACAUUUUUGUUUUUUACGACACAAACACCACCUAGAGACUCACCGUCUGAGCUGAAGGGGUUUCCCUUGUCAGUAUUAAAUUAAACUGAGGAGCCACCCUCACUGGACUUCCUUUCCCAGCAUCCCUCAUUGUGAGACAUUGAUAAAUGACAGAAAGUCUGUAUUUAAACACAAAAAAUGUACCAAAAAUGCCCAACAUUCAUAAGAAUGUUCUGGAUUUUCCUUUUACUUUAACCGUCUGCUACUUAGCUCUUAACUUUAGCUCUGAUAGGAUGAUCACAAUUCAGUUUGGAGGAUGAGGUUUUUUCCUCUUUGCUGCUCCCCGGGUUUGUUUUCUUUUAGUUCAGAGAUCACGUGACUGCGGUAAUGAUAUCAGUCAGGCCUUCCCCCCUCCCUCGGUGAUGCUCAGAGAUGACAUGCUCUCAUUUUAGGAGAUGGGGAAAACCCCUCAAAUCCCUGCCACUCUGGAUGACUUGAUUCAGCCUCCAUCCUUCUUCCCAGGACCCACAUUAGGCUCUCCGUGAACAGAAACACUGAGUCCAGUUCUGGCUCUUGGGUCAUGUGACCACAUCCAGUCAGAAGAACAACCAACAGGUUCUUGACUUUCAUCAGGUAUUCGGUUUGGGUGGAAAUGCGUCGUUUUUCUUGUGUUUUUUUAGUUCUGGAGACUGUUUUUCAGGGACCUUAAUUGGACCUCAAACGUCAUCCGACUGUUUUUUGUUGUUUAUUCUUUGACAAAUUCCUGUCGUUUUGUAAUUUUCUGCUGUUUCGAUGGUAUAGAUGUGAGAUUUCCGCUCUGUGCGGCAUCUCUUCUGCUCCUGGUUGGCGUUCAGCGAACUCAGGACGGGCUGAGCUGCUGCACCUUUUUUGUUUUUUAUCAGAAAUCGAAAUAUUUACUUUUCAUCAACUGAGAUUUUGUGAGAAAAAAAAGGUUAGUUUGUAAAAAUUUAUAUAUCUAAUGUAUUUUUUUAAAAAUAGCUUAAAUGAAUUGUUAGCUUUUUCAGCUUUAAUCUAUAUAAAAAAGGCUAAUUUUGGCAAUUUAUAGGACUUUUUUUUAUCAUUGUUUAUCAUUUCAAAAGAACUCAUGCAUCUUUACAUCUUAUUUAUUCAUAUAAAUCUUUAAUAAAUGUUCCCCAAAAGUCAUUUUAGGAAAGUAAAUGUGUCAGAUACUUAAAAAACAAGACUUUUAAGAAAAAUAAGACAAAAAAAGAAUCCGCUUCCCGUCUGAGGUUGACUCCAAAGAGGCUGACGUGGAGAAUGCUGGGCAUGCUGAUGGUGUGUUGGCAGGAUUCCUCCCAGUGUGGGAGUCUAACCCUACUUCAUCCCUGCAGACUCCUCCUGACCAAAAUGCACGUUCCGGAAACAUACGAGUCCAGGAAAAGGUCCUUUUUUUUACGCUGUGCUGAUCCCACGUGUCUGGAGGCUCCUCCGUCAGGUCUUUCUGCUCCGCCCUGGUUCCUGGAAGCUCCGCUCUUUAGUUCCUGGUGUUUAUCUGCUGCAUAUUUUUAAUCUUCCUGUUUGAUUCUCAUCUAUGCUUACAGCCCAACAACACUGGAAAGCACUUUCCAUUCAACCUCACCUUUCAUAGCAGGAAUACUCAAACAAAGGACAUCUUCCUAAAGUAAUGCCAAUUAUUUAUUUUUUCCUGUUUGCUUUGCUUUUGUUUUGUAAAACAUAGUGGGUUUUUUAAAUUGUUUUUUUUUUCAUGCUGCGUUUGUUUGUUUGUGUCUAUCUAAAAGUAUCGACCAUAAAGCUUUUCUGUGAUUUUUGGCACCUUGAACCUCUGUGGGUCCAGUCCUGCUGCUCCAACCUGCAGGAGCUCCUCGCUGUCUUUUUUGAAAAGCGCUUUUUUAUUUUGUUUUACAUCACAGCAAAACUUUAAAUAUUUGAUCAUAUCAGACUGAAUUCAGGGACCUGCUGGCAGUUCUCCAACUGCAGUUCUCCUGUCGUCCACUAGGACGUUCUUCCAAAUCUUCAAUUUCCUGAAAUGUUAGAUUAAUUUAGAUUAAGAAAGAAUUUGCAUGAAAUAAUUUUAAAAAGGUUUCAACUGUUUCAAUGACAUUCUGAUAUCAGAUUUGAGGAAUCCAGUGAGAAACCUUGCAGCUAAAGGCCCUGUAGGUGAAAAAUAAACACUAAAGACUCAUAUUUUGUAGCAGUUUAAAGGCUUUUAUUGGAUAUUUAUUAAAAUGUAAGAGCAAAACUGGAAAAAUAAGCUUUUGAAUCAAGAUAAUGUAUUUUUUUCCUUUAAUUUGAUUGUGUUGAAACAAGGGUUUACACCGUUUCUCCAACAUGAACUUUCAAAGUUUUCCCGGCUUCUCACUAACAUUAGUUGUCGUCAAAGUGUGAAUACUGACUGAUAUUUUUGUGUUUGAGGAUGUCAGGCAUUGUGAUGUAACCGCUUCCCCCUCAGCAGAAGCAGAAACACACAGACUCGGACUGUUUUCCUCUUCGUUGUGUAAAGAGUGUCUCAUGAUGGAUGAAUAAAUCUGCUGUUUCUCUACCACAACAAGUGUGGAGACGUUUGAUAAAGUC